AUGGUUUCGUCCGGGAUCGAACCGGAGACCUUGAUUUCCAUCAUCGAAUCUUCGGCACUUGGCCCCGCCACCGGCCACGCCACUGGCCCUGCCCAGAAUGCCUUGCUCGCCACAGGCGCGACCCAAGAUGUCUCGCUUGCCACCUUCUCAGGCACUUUGCGGGGCUGGCCGCACCGAUGCCGGUGGUAUCGGCUGCUCAAGCCCGAAGAGUGUUUCUCUGGCGGGCUGGAGUUCCCUCCCAUGGGAUCGAGAGUCGCGGUGACGGCUGCGGUGACGGCUGCAGCGACGGCUGCAGCGACGGCUGUAGAAUGUCCUGGCUGGCAAGGCCAGCAACCAAUGCCAUCGCUCAGUUCCAUCGCUCGGUACCAUUGCUCAGCGACAACCCAGUGUCAAUCCAGUGCCAGGGCCCGUCAGAGACACCAAGGCAAAAGCCUUAUAUAUGCACCCGCUAUGGACUCCACUGACUCCAUUGACUCCAUCGACUCCAUUGACUCCAUUGACCCCAUCGACCCCAUCGACCCCAUUGACUCCACCACGAAAUGUGACCCCGAGGCUCUCACCUGUUUCCGCUUGCUGCCAGUGCCAAGCUCUGCUAUCACACCCAGCCAAGCUCUGUCACCACUCCGAGCCAAGCUCCUCUGUUACCACACCCAGCCAAUCCAUACCAAGCCAUACCAAGCCAUGCCAAGCCAUACCAAGCCAUACCAAGCCAUACCAAGCCAUACCAAGCCAGGCCGCCCGCUGAAAGAUCACGCUCCUUUCGCCGCGGAUGCACAACUAUCCCAGGGGCCAUGUGGGCAUGGACUGAUCCUGGACUCGAUCUGAGCGUGAUUUGCACUGGAUAUGGACUGAUCUUGGACUCGAUAUGGACUGAGCCUGGACAGGAAAUCGCUAAUCUACCAUCCAACCUGGCCCACCCUGGCCCGACCCCACAAUGGACUUUGCUCAGUCAGAAACCCCUUUUCAACUUCCGUCAUUCUCAUGUUUUCAUUCUAAGUGUCCGUGUCUGUCCCUCCCUCCGUUCCGUGAGACAGUUGAUCGCAACUGCUUCCGUUCCUUUCCGCUGACCAAUUUUUUGGUGCUCAAGUCG